AUGGCGGACGACCCCACGGCAAUCUCGCCGUCGGAGGACUUUUCCCAAACGGUCGCCCACGUCCUCUUGGCCUGUGAAGAGUUACGACGCCCUAUCACGGAGACUCCGGACGAACCCACAGUACUACAGGCCGUCGAACGCAUUCGAUCGUGGCAAGCCGAUUGGGAUCACGUCAUUCUACCGAGCUUGGAACGUCUGGAACGACACACGGACGAUGCCUCGUCAUCGUCGUGGCCGCAGGGGGGCGUCGCAGCCGAUUUGCUUGCGCAUUGUCUCCAGAAGGCAAUCACGGUGGCACAGCAAGUUCUGACGAGUGCGACGCGGAUGCCAGAACCUACACAAGAGGACUUGGACACGCACGAGGUUAUCGAUGCUUCCUUGGAUCAGAUACAGCGGGAUAUACAGGGAGGAGUGGCGCGGUUGAUGGAAGUCAACGUAUUGCUCUGGGUACGCUACCGAACUAGAUUUGGGAAUCUGGCCGAAGAACAAAUCUUGAAUGAUUUACAGUUAAUCGAACUCUACGUUACGUACCAAAAGGACGUUUUCCGAAGGAGAGUGACACCUGCCGUGGCUCGGCUGAAACGUGCGAGAACGUCGGGGAAUCUGGGUGCCCAGAUCCCACCGGUCUCACUUUUGCCGGGAGCACGUGUCCAGCAACACGAGGACGACGACGACGACGAAGCUACACAAGCAUCCGAAACCGUCCCCGUGGUAGAACAACAUCACGCACCCGUCAUGGCCAACAUUCUGGGCCAAGCCUUGACUCUCAUUCACCCGCUCUGGUCCUGGUUCGUCCAGUUGCCGCCGCCGCCGUCAGAAACACAGGGACCAUCGGAAGAUGAUCCUUUGGUAUCGGUAAUACGAGCCGUAUGCGUAGAAUCUAUACAGAUACUCGAUAAUCAAGCUCAGACCAUUGUGAAAACACUUUCGGAUUGGUUUUGGGUUGAUCAACCCCAAGCGGAGACCUGGAUGCAACAAAGCAUUGAUUCCACAACGGUACAUCUGGAUCCGGCCGAACUAGGUCGACUCGAUGGAUUGGUGGAAGAAAUGGCGUUUGGCUGCAAAGUUCAGGCCCGAUACAGUGCUUUCCUGGAAUCCACAUCACUCGCCGGCUUGCAAUCCACUAUUGCGUCGCAACUGUUGCCGGAGUGGACUUGGAAAUACGCGGCGUUGGAGCGAUUUUUGGCCACACAGCAAUGGCAAUCAGCGUUGCUUUUGGCAGCGCCCGUCCAUAUUGUCAUUGGUACAGACAUUCAGGUUCCGUCGGUUGUGGAAGAUGCACAAUAUCUAUCCACCCGCGCCUUGGAACGCGCCGCCUCCACGCAAUCGGCGCAAGCCAUGGGAACCGUUGCGCACGCCUUGGCACACGAUGUGUGGUCGACCGAAGUGAAUGACAACGAGGCCGGCGCCGGAGUUUAUGUCGCGUUGCUGGAGCAACGAGCUUCUUGGAAGGAGUCGUCCACCCAUCGUAACGAGAAGGGCGGUGAGGAAGGGAUCCAACCGAAAACUCAGGAAAAGAGCGGAUUCGCUUCGGCUUUGUUGGACGCCUUGGACGAAGACUUGUCCCCGGACUCACCCCAACCUUAUACGACCUCCCCGGAAAAAGGACAUCGCACACCCACUGCUCCAACAUCGGGAAACUUUUUGCGAUCGUUUGUGGGACGCAACGAUGAAAGCCUUCAGCAAAUGGAAUUGGAGAUGCAGUUUUGUGUCUUGAAUGGUAUUCACGCCGCGUCCGGUGCUUGCCGGUCACUCGUAUCUCUCUUGGAUAGCCUGCUGCUGCCACUAGGAGACGAGGAGGAGGAGGACGUCGCUGCCACUAAUGCUAUCACUCCUUCCCGAGGCGACUCAAAAGCUUCUUCAAUGGUGCAGCUGGCACGGGAGGACCUCGAUCGGUACGCAUCAGCGUACGAGUCUUUGUUGGCAAUAAAAAUCAAGCAAUCUUUAGUGGAGUGGUGCGGCUAUCGCCCCGACAGCACGGCACCAGAUUUGCGACGUCGGCGAAACAAUCUUUGUCUACUCCAACUCGAGACAUUUUUCACCGACGAAAACUACGAACUCGACUCACACUCGAUCCAAGAGUUAGAAGGAGACGAAAGACUGGAACGAAAUCUGUUUGGACCACUCAAAGAAUCGAGCUACUUGGUGCAGCUUGCAGAUCGGAUUGAACCACAAGUCCUUCAUAAAGUAGGAGAGCAGUUGGCAAGCGCAAUUGUUAAUUUGAUCUUGAACUCCUUGUGGAACGGUCAGAAGAGGGUCACAGAAUGGGGGUCGCUACUCUUGUCCAAGGAGGUUCGAAUGUUGAAGGAGUAUAUUCACAAGACGGUCUCCCCAAUGGUUGAAGAAAGCACUUUGCCACCACUUGCUCCUGAGCUUUUGGAUAUAUGGGAGCGUCUGUCGCAAGUGGUUGCUGUAUUACAACUCGAAAAGCCGUCUGAUUGGAUAAUUUACGCCACAUCUUCUGUACUGAGCGCAACUGACUUGCAACGAACGCUUUCGUUGCGGACAGAUUUCUCCGCGGACGCGAUUCAGUCGGUUGUCCGGACUGUAACCCAAACCACAAAUAAAGGAUAA